AUGGCUGUCGACGACAUUCCCUCCGUUGCCCUGCCUGGCAAUAUCCUAGGUCCGGUCACCAAAUUUGCGCCCGGACCCGGUACACAUGUAUACGAGGGCAAUGUUGUUUCUUCUCUGCUUGGCCGAGUCACUGUGACACCCCCGGCAAAGACACCCGGCCCUCAAAAGCGCCUCAACAAGAUCACUGCACCUACGACAGAUGAGCUGGCUACUGUCUCCGUUGCCCGCCAUGGCCACAAGCGCGAGGUACUGCCCGACGUCGAGAAUGUUGUCCUUGCGCGAGUCCUGCGCCUGAUGCCAAAGCAAGCGAUUGUGGUGAUUCAGCAAGUUGGCGACACAGUUUUGCAGACAGAGUGGCAGGGUGUGAUCAGAGUGCAAGACGUAAGGGCAACAGAAAAGGAUAAGGUCAAGAUUUACGAGUCUUUUAAGCCUGGCGACAUCGUCCGCGCGCAAGUGAUAUCUCUUGGAGACCAGGCCAACUACUACCUAUCGACGGCUUCGAACGAAUUGGGCGUUGUUAUGGCUACAAGCGAGGCGGGUAAUGAUAUGGUCCCUAUCAGUUGGAAAGAAUACAGAGAUCCCGAAACAGGCAUUUGCGAGCCUCGAAAGGUUGCAAAGCCCAGCUGA